AUGGCAGCAUCAUCUUCCGCAGACGUAUUUGCAUACAUUGUUGCAAUCUUUAUUCCUCCUCUAGCCGUCUUCCUCAAGGUUGCAUGUGGAGUCGAUUUUCUUAUUAAUAUCUGCUUGACCAUCCUUGGUUGGAUUCCAGGUGUUAUCCAUGCCUGGUAUGUUAUUUCAAAGCAUGAUCCAGCGAGAUAUGCUCCAUAA